AUCCAUGGAUGGAUGGCAGGCACCAUCUGGCUGUUUUGCCCAGUAACCACUCAUCACCUGCCGGCCCCCCGGCAGUGCUGGUGAGCUCUGGUGCUGCUGGAGUGUCCCUGGCCUUUGGGGUGGGUUUGGCACAUGGUGCAGUUGUUGUUGCCACAGUUGUCACUCAUGGCGUGGGGAGUGGCAGCACCUGGGCAUCCAGACCUUGCCUGGUGUGGGACUUGUGCUGCCUGGCUCUGUUGUUCACAGCCGUGUGUAUUUCUGCUGUGGGUCAGGUUUGGAUUGUGUUUUUGGCAGGGCAUGGGGGAUCCUGCAGGGGCUCCCAGGGGAGUCUGGAACACGGCAUGCUGUGUCUGCCUGAGAUGGGAACCUGACAGUUGAAUGUCGUGAUAGAAGUCAUUAGAAACGCAUGGCUUGUUUUUUGUUUACAUCAACAAGAUGGACUCAGGUUUCUGGUAUUUUGGUGUUCAGUAUUCUGGUAUUCAGGUUUCUGGUGGAGCUGUUAGGAACAGUUGAAAAACCUUAAUUUCAGCAACUUCUUCAGCUGGAAGCUUUCUUUUAUCACAACUUCCUCCAGCUCCCAGGCUCUGCCUGUGUUAGCAGUAAUAGCACGGGUGCAAGGAUCUCCUAUCACUUUGCCAGCAGUUAAGAGUUACAACAUCCCUCACGAGUUACAGACUGUACUUGUGCAUGUGGGAAAGCUGAAACACGGAGGAGUUUGUUGUUUGAUGUUGUGCAGCAAACAGUUGUCAGGUUUGGGAGCAGAGCUUUGCACAGUGCUGGUUUUCAAGCUUUAACCACUGAAUAUACGGUUUCCCACUAGGCAGUUCCUCAGGCAAUGCUGUGAACUUGCCUAAAAGUUGAUUGAAGGUUUCCACCAGAGGAAGGUUCUCAAGUCUCCCAUCAGAUGCUUUUCUCACUCUCUGGUGUCUCUGCCUCUCUCUGUGGUGAUCCUGUUUUACUCCUAGAAUGAGGAAUAGCUUUACAUUUAUUUUUCUCUUAAGUUGCUUUGCCUGAACUCCUCUUUCCCUCCCUCUGGCUAUUGCUUCUGAUUGGAUCUAAGGUUCUGCUGAGCUUGAAUGAUAUUGCUGUGAUGCUCUUCUGGAGCUGGGAGCCCCAGAAACUGCAGCCUGUUUUUAUCACCACAUGUACAUUCUGCUUUCCUAUCUCUUCUCUUGCUGACAGCCCCUUUCAUCGUCAGCCCUGCACACAAACAAGGUUAUCCCCAGCUCAGAUCAUAUUAGUGUGGUUCUGCUUCCAUUACCUUUCCCUUUGAGCCUGUUUUGUCAGAGUGUGUGUGUGUAAGGUGGGCACUGAGCAAUUUAAAAGCUCAGAGGAGUCUUUACUUCAUUAAUGGAAGGGCCCAAGCCAAGGAAUUCUUUAACCCCUGUGACUGUUUAAAGCUUGAUCCUUGUAGUUUCCACAUAACCAAAACACUUCCAUGGAAGGUGGGAAAAUCCAUGGUUCUGCAGUGACAUCUUGAUGCACAGAAGAUGCUGAUUUUUGUUAAUUAAGUGCUGGUUUUUAUCAGCACCUCUGGUAGGGAGGAGGAUGCUCUGUAGUGUCUCAAAGUUGGGUGGGGGCAUUUUCCUGCCUUGUCCAGGGACAGUUCAUGGUACAUCUACACCCAUCUAAUGGUUUGUGUAAGUAAAAGUCAGAUUAAUCAGGGGUUAGAAAUAUCUAAGAAAAGGCAUUGUCAGAGCAACACAACUGUGUGUCUGGUAUGUAGAGCUGGAUGAACAAUGAACUGCUGUUGAAAGAAUGAGUGAAUCAGUGCAGGCAACUGUGUGGCAGGAUAGGAGAGAUCAAUGUACAAAAUGAAGGCUGAUAAUAUGAAAAAAAACCCACCUUAUUUGAUUUUUAUAUUUGGUGGAGGUAGAUGAUGGUAAAGCAGGUAAAGGAAAUUCAGAUAUUCUAAACUAGGGUUUGAGGAAGAUGAAAAGCCAGGCUCUUGAUUUUAGGGGUUGUUCAGUGCUUGAAUGGUUUUCCAAACUUUUCCAAGGGGUCCCCAGUGUUUUUCCUGCCUGGUUCCUCAGAUGAGUUUGGCACUUGUGCGUGUGUUGGAGGAGGAGCCAGAGCUGUGCUGCAGUUGGGUCUGUGCUGGAGGAGCAGCCCUGUCCUGAGCUGAAGGAGAGCAGAGAUGUGCUCGUGGCACAGCUGGGACACGGAUCCUGUUCACAGAGAGACUCCUGGAAGCUGUGAUGGGAACACAUCAAACACAUCUGCUGGACAGGAGCAGAGUCUGAGCUGUUACUGCCACUUGCACCCAAGGGAAGCAGCUCCUGGCUUUGCUGGUGAUGCAGUGACUGAUCCUGGUGUGAGUCCCCUCAAACCCUGCCAGGGGAGGGUCCCCCUCUGUCCCCAGCUCCCAUGUGCAGGCACAGUGGGACACUCACCUGCUGCAGGAUUUUUCUCAAGCUGCCUUGAAGGGCAGUUUGUGGGUUACUUUUACUGUCAGUCAAUGCUUAAAUGAUUUGUCUGCAGUGUGGACUUGUUUACCCUGUGGCCCCAACCAAAAAAUCAAGACCAAGCUGAAUUUCAGAAGUUUCACUUCCCUGAAGUGCUGUGGGAGCUCAGAGCUGGAUCAGGUGUGCUGGGUGUUGUGGCUGUGGGUAAAGCUGUGUCAAACCCUGUGCACCUCACAAUUCCCAUGCUCUCCUCCCCAGCCAAACCCUGCAAUGGAAGUGACUUCCUGCAGCACAGCACAUCCCCUGUGAGCUCUGCACUGCCCAUUUCCUAUCAACUGGGAGGUAUUUUGAUGGUGCUGGGGUUUUGUAAUUUUGCACUUUGUUUGUUUGUGGGUGUUGGAGCUUCCUUGUGAUGCUGCAGCCUGGCAGAGCUUUGGGGAGCACUGCUCCAUGGGUGAUCUUGCUGCUUGCUUUUUUGGGGUUUUUUUGGGUUUUUUUUGCCUUUUCCUCUCCAGAGCAGUUGCAUGUUGUAAACAGCAGAGCUGUGGUUGAUAAACUUCACAAGAGGAAACCUGUGUGAGUAGGUUUUGUGUUGGCUGUUGGCUUGUUCAAUUCUGACUGGGUGUUUCUCUUGCACCCUGACACUCUGCAUGAAUUUGCUUUUCCUCGGGUUCCUCAGUUGUAUUCCCCCUAUUGCUGGUGCUGUGCCUGUGUUCUCUACAUGGCAUCCAGUGAAAUUGAGGUUUUAUUUCUGCAUGGACUCAUCCCAUGUGCACGUCACUGCUGCCUUGGCCAGCUCCCCUCUUUGCUAAAACACACAUUUAUUACCUGCACACUAAUUACUGCAAGGGAAGCCUUGAUGAGGGGAGAGCAGCCUGCAGAGUGGAGAAUAAUGGACUGAGGCAAAGGGCACAGAGGAAGCUGUGGACUUGCCUUCACCUAAAAAGUGGAAUUUUGUCUCAUGGUUGUUUUCCUGCACCACUUUUCCUGAUGAAGAGGUCUGGGCUUUGUGUGAUGGGUCUAUUGCAUGUGUGACUCCAAGGAAGUGAUCAGUACCAAUGGAUGCAACUUUUCUGAUUGUUCCCUAGGGAGAACACACCUCAGAAUUAGUGGGGGAUUAUGGAGCAGCUGUGGAGUCUUUGCUGCUGGUGCUGGUCUGGCUCCAUGUGCCUUUCAUUCCUGAUUUCCUCAGAAAGUCUGUUGUGCACGGCUUUUUACUUCUGCCUCACAAAACCAUUUCACAGCACGUGUGGCAAGUUCCCUUCCUCCUUUAGGGGAGAAGCAGCAGCCUGUGCCUGCCCUGCACCCCAAACUCUGCUGGGAGGAAGGGCUGGUGUAGCAAGGUGUGGGUGGGGGAAUGUGGAAGCACUGGCAGGAGGAUGUUUUGGGGCACAGCAGCAGGGGUGAGAGCUGGGGGUGGCUUACUGCAGAAUGUGGGUGAGCAGGGCUCUGUGGGAGCCUGGGUACCUGCUCAGGCUGGUUCUGUGCGUUUACAUCCCUCUAAAACACUAAAUUCUGUCUCACCCUGGCCUGCCCUGGCUCUGAGGUUGUACAGAAAACUAAUUUUCAAGUGUGGAUUGAUUAACUUGAACCUCAGGGUAGCAGAUCUACAGGUCUGAAUCCUACCACAAAAUGGGUUUUCUAACAAUAAUCUAACUCAGAAUGAGAGUCUGAGAUGAUGCUGAGGCUUUAACAAUUGACAAUUAUAUUAGAGAAUUUUUUUUUUUGAAGACUGCUGCAGUGAAAGACAGAAUGUAUCUCAAACUACUCCAGUAGUGCAAACCCUGCCAAAAAGGAGUGAUGCUGCACUUGGCUGCUCACAAAUGGCAAAAGGACCCAGAGAAAAGGGAAUUGUAAUUACUUGUAGACAUGGGGUCAAGAUAGUGCAAACAGGGUUAGAGCCUGGAGAGCUCUGUUCAGUUUGCCAAGGCAGAGGGCAGUCAGGUGUGCACCCAACUGUGCAGAGCUUGCCUCUUAUCAGAACUGCCACACUGCACCAGACCUGAGCUCCAACAGGUAGAACAUUUUGAAUUUAGCAGUGGGAAGGGGAGAGACUUGGUAAAUUAUGUAUUAGGGACAAUGAAAGUCAAGAGUUAUUCUUCCUUUACUAUAUUCACGCCAGGUUCUGUUGAAAAAAUCCUGCAUCCUCCAAAUCAGGGAGUUUGGAAAGGAAAGGUGUUGAGCUUGAACUGACAUUGCAGUGCUCAUGGCUGAGACAGAGUGGAUCUGAGCUGGAAAAACAAAGUGGAGCUUGGAGCAUGUGGCCUGAGGAUUGCCUUACACAGCCAGGGGUGGUAGCUGAGCAGUGAGCAGGAUGCCCCCAGGCAUUUACUGCCCUUCGGAGUUCUGGUCCAAGGGGGAGAACCAAAACAUCCAGGUGGAUUUUCUGCUGCCCACAGGAAUAUACUUGAACCUCUCUGUGCCCUGCAAUGCCAGCCUGGGCACCAUCAAGCAGGUGCUCUGGCAGCAGGCGCAGUAUGAGCCGCUGUUCCACAUGCUCAGUGACCCUGAGGCCUACGUGUUCACCUGCAUCAACCAGACGGCCGAGCAGCAGGAGCUGGAGGACGAGCAGCGCCGCCUCUGCGACAUCCAGCCCUUCCUGCCCGUGCUGCGCCUCGUGGCGCGCGAGGGCGACCGCGCCAAGAAGCUCAUCAACUCCCAGAUCAGCCUGCUCAUCGGGAAAGGCUUGCACGAGUUUGACUCGGUGCAGGACCCCGAGGUGAGCGAUUUCCGCGCCAAGAUGUGCCAGUUCUGCGAGGAGAAGGCAGCGCAGCGGCAGCAGCUGGGCUGGGCAGCCUGGAUGGAGUACAGCUUCCCCCUGCAGCUGGAGCCCGUGGCCAAGGGCCUGGCCACUGGCUCGCAGCAGAUCCCCACCAAGAACAUUUUUGUCAACGUCAAGUUCCAGUCUGGCGGGGAGAGCUUCACGUUCCAGAUCUCCCCCUGGGAGUUCCCCAUCACCCUGAUGAGCUAUGCCAUCAAGAAACAGGCCACUGUGUUCCGCCAUGAGACCCUGCAGAGGCCAGAGGACUAUACCCUGCAGGUGAAUGGGAAAUGUGAAUAUCUCUAUGGCAACUACCCCCUGUGCCAGUUCCAGCACAUCCGCAGCUGCCUGCAGAGGGGCCUGACCCCCCACCUGACCAUGGUGCACUCCUCUGCCAUCCUGGCCAUGAGGGACGAGCAGAACAACUGCAUCACCAGCCCCCCAAAGGCGGCCUGCAAGCCCCCCCCACUCCCCAAGAAGAAGCCAAACUAUGGCUCUCUCUGGUCCUUAGAGCAGCCCUUCUACAUCGAGCUGGUGCAAGGCAGCAAGGUCAAUGCAGAUGAGAGAAUGAAGCUGGUGGUGCAGGCAGGGCUGUUCCACGGGCACGAGAUGCUGUGCAAGACGGUGUCGAGCUCGGAGGUGAGCGUGUGCUCGGAGCCCGUGUGGCGGCAGCGGCUGCGCUUUGACAUCAGCGUCUGCGACCUGCCGCGCAUGGCGCGCCUCUGCCUCGCGCUCUACGCCGUGCUCGAGAAGGCCAGGAAGGCUCGCUCCACCAAGAAGAAGUCCAAGAAAGCUGACUGUCCCAUCGCCUGGGUCAACGUGAUGCUCUUCGACUACAAGGACCAGCUGAAGACAGGGGAGUGCUGCCUGCACAUGUGGUCCUCCUUCCCAGAUGAGAAAGGGGAACUCCUGAACCCCAUGGGCACAGUGCAGUGCAACCCCAACACGGAGAGUGCAGCAGCCUUGGUCAUCUGCUUCCCCAGCGUGGCAGCACAUCCUGUGUACUACCCAUCCUUCGAGCAGCUGCUGGAGCUGGGAAGGAAUGGAGAACAGCCCCGAGCUGCACCAGAGGAUUCAGAGGAGAAGCUGCAGCUGAAGGAGAUCCUGGAGAGGAGGAGCCACACGGAGCUGUACGAGCACGAGAAGGACCUGGUAUGGAAGAUGAGGUUUGACAUUCGGGACCAGUACCCCCAGGCUCUGGCCAAGGUGCUCACCGUCACCAAGUGGAACAAGCACGAGGAUGUGGCCCAGACCUGGCCAGAGCUGCCUGUCCUGAAUGCCUUGGAGCUGCUGGAUUUCAGCUUUCCUGACCGUUACGUUGGCUCCUUUGCUAUCAACUCCCUGAAGAAGCUGACGGAUGAUGAUGUGUUCCAGUACCUGCUGCAGCUGGUCCAGGUGCUCAAGUACGAAUCCUACCUAGACUGUGAGCUGACCAAGUUCCUGCUGGAAAGGGCUUUGUCCAACCGCAAAAUCGGCCACUUCCUCUUCUGGCACCUCAGGUCGGAGAUGCACGUCCCCGCCGUGGCGCUGCGCUUCGGCCUGAUCCUGGAGGCGUACUGCCGGGGCAGCACCCACCACAUGAAGGUGCUGAUGAAACAGGGAGAAGCACUGAACAAGAUGAAAGCUCUGAAUGACUUUGUGAAAGUGAGUUCUCAGAAGGCCACCAAGCCUCAAACCAAGGAGAUGAUGCACAUGUGCAUGAAGCAGGAAACCUACAGGGAAGCCCUUUCCCACCUCCAGUCCCCCCUGAACCCCAACAUUAUCCUCACUGAAGUCUGUGUGGAUCAGUGCACCUUCAUGGACUCCAAAAUGAAACCUUUGUGGAUUGUGUUUAAUAAUGAAGAGACAGGUGGAGGUGGAGUGGGUAUCAUUUUCAAAAAUGGAGAUGAUCUGCGCCAGGACAUGCUGACUCUGCAGAUGAUCCAGCUGAUGGACGUCCUGUGGAAGCAGGAGGGCCUGGACCUGAGGAUGACCCCUUAUGGCUGCCUCUCCACAGGAGACAGGACGGGGCUGAUCGAGGUGGUCAUGCACUCGGACACCAUCGCCAACAUCCAGCUCAACAAGAGCAACAUGGUGGCCACGGCCGCCUUCAACAAGGAUGCGCUGCUCAACUGGCUCAAGUCAAAGAACCCGGGAGAUGCCUUGGACCAGGCCAUCGAGGAGUUCACCCUGUCCUGUGCUGGGUACUGCGUGGCCACCUACGUGCUGGGCAUUGGGGACAGGCACAGUGACAACAUCAUGGUCAGGGAGACAGGACAGCUGUUCCAUAUUGAUUUUGGUCACUUUUUGGGGAACUUCAAGACUAAAUUUGGUAUUAAUAGAGAACGAGUCCCUUUCAUCCUAACCUACGACUUUGUACAUGUCAUCCAGCAAGGAAAAACCAACAAUAAUGAGAAGUUUGAAAGGUUCAGGGGUUACUGUGAACGAGCCUACAUGAUCCUGCGGCGCCAUGGGCUCCUCUUCCUGCACCUCUUUGCACUGAUGAAAGCUGCUGGGCUGCCAGAGCUCAGCUGCUCCAAAGACAUCCAGUACCUAAAGGACUCCCUGGCCCUUGGGAAAACGGAUGAGGAGGCACUGAAGCACUUCAGACUGAAGUUUAAUGAAGCCCUGCGGGAGAGCUGGAAAACCAAAGUGAACUGGCUGGCACACAACGUGUCCAAGGACAACAGGCAGUAGAGCAGGAGCCUGGCCCUGCCCAGGAGUGGAACAGCCCCAGCCCAGCACAGACAGGUUCCUAAAGACUCAAGAGUGGUGAGUGUGGAAGAGCCCCCAGCUCAUUCCCAGAGAUCAGGCAUUGCUGCAGGACUGAAAAGUGCUGGCCUGUCCUCAGCCACAGCCCUGUGGCUGCUGCAGAUCUCUGGGGGCAAGGGAGAGACUUGAGGCAAUAAAACUACUGCAUACAGUAAAGGUAGGUAGAGGUGCUGUACCCUUGAGAACUCCUUGAGCUUCAAAUUCAUGUUUCAGUGGAGGAGUUGAGGCAGUUCUAACAUCCCUCCAGUGUGCUAAUGUCUGUAUUUCUAUUUUCCUGAAAAUUUAGCUGAGCAGAGAUCCCUCUAUGUCUGUAGCCCAUCUCCUAGGGCACCACUCUGACAGCUCAGAGGCAUUAACUCCAGCAUGCAGUCAGUGUCAGUAUCCACUGAGGUGGGUCAGCUCAAAGCACACCAAAGCUGACUUGCACAAAUGGUUUUCCUCUGCCUUGAGAUGGGAUAAAAACAUCCCCACGGUCAUAUUGCUUUCUGCUCCAGAGGCCAAAGUGUUCUGAAACUGAGCUGGAACUCAGCUACUGCUGUCCAGAACUGAUGGCACAAGAGCAGCUUUGGGGUGGCCACUGGAUCAGGUACUUUGCUUUCCAAAGUUAGGCUUUAGUUGAGCCUCAAGAAAUUUCUGCAUUUAUUUUGGUUUCAAACCUGAAAACGCUAAGACUGCAUUUUCAAAUUUAAGUACUUACUGCUUCUUUUCAUAAAAGAUGUUAAGCUGUGAGGUCUGUUCUGGUUUGGAUCUAUUCAUACAAAGCCUGUUGCCUCUCAAGCAUGUGUGACAGAAGCAGCAGUUCUGGUAUAGAAGACACCUCGCUUUAAUUUAAUCUAACCUGGGAGAGCCCCUUUUCCUCCACCUUCAGAUGAUACUGUGACUGAAGCACUCAGGUUCUAACAGCUGCUUUGGUACUAGAGGGAAAUACUGCAGGAGUUAGAGCUCUGUGCAGGCUGAUCAGUGAGAAGCACUCCUGUGCCUCUGCUCCAUUUUAGAGAGUAAAUAUUGCUAUUUCCUUGCUUAUUUAAAAUAAUUCACAGAGCACAAGUAUGCCAAAAAACCCCUGGGCCCUGUGCAAGGUGAGAUGCACUGAAACCACAGCCCCAGUCAGGUUCUUGUAGAAGGGAAGACACUACAAUUCCAGAGCUGCAAAAGCAAUUCUCCUGCAGUGCCAGAGCCUGGUGUCCUUCAGGGUGCUGCAGCACUGGGACCCUGCUCUGCUCAGUCCCCCCAGGGCUCACAGCACAGGGGUCAGGCCCUCACACUUCAGAGCAGUGGCUCCUGUCCUAGCCCUCACUUUGAGAAGUGCAAUAACACAAAGGUGCAUCACUAUCAACUGCAAGAACUGAGCAUUUUACUGAGGUUACUUAGUCUGAAAACUUGACUUACCUACAGCAGUAAAAAUUCAGUGAGUCAUCAUGUGGACCUUCUUCCUUGUACACCCUGGGAGAGUAUCCUGGAUAAAUCUCUGACAGCUCUGUUGGGUCAGCAAAGAGCCUUUUAUUCCAAGUGCACACAGCAGCAGCUCACCUGAUGGUUUCAGCAAGCUGAACUGUACUAAAGAUUGAAACUUAUAUAAUUUUCAAAAAUGUUCCAUUUCAUUACAAGUGGCUUCUCAUUUUUAUAUAUAUGGUCAGAAUUACAGACCUAUUUCUAUUUAUUUAGAGAUGUUUCUGUCAUUAUUUUUUUUAACUCUGUACAAACUGAUUGUGCUUAUUCUGUUGCCUUUGAAAAAGAAGUAUUUUUUUAAGCCAAACCGUGGUUCUGCAAGAAGAGAAUGUUUACAUGUUUAGCUUUUCAGUUGCUUUAGGUACAUGUUUUGUAAAUAAGAAAUAAAAGAUUAUUGACAAAUUGUACACAAA